AUGGCGUUCUCGUGGUAUCCAGGCUCCUGCACGACGACUUACACCCACAGUGAAGAUCCCCUUCUUCUCCAAAUUCGAGAUGGACCAAAAAGAGCUCUGCCAGAGAUCUGCAAAGAUGUGAUCCCACCUUGCAAUUUGAACCCAUUCCUCUUCAAUGGCCAUCUGCAAACUGCUUGGACGGCGGUGAAGUCUGCUGGUCCGGCGAUCCACUACAAACGCCGAGUCUUCGAGCAAGAAGACGAAGGCUUUAAAGGCCAUUUCACCGUCGACUUUGUCGUGAAACCACCAGAGGAGUCCACCAAAACUUCCGCUGGGGAUGGACAUACUUCACUGCCACCUCGGACGACAUAUUUCACGAACGAGGAAUUCCAGGAUCUUGGAUCUGAGGAUACGAAGCCUUUGCUCGUCACUUUGCAUGGUCUAUCUGGUGGGUCUUAUGAGACGUAUCUUCGACAUGUUCUGGAGCCACUCGUGAGGUACUCGUCCGCUGGAGAUAAAGCUGGAGGGAUUUCUGGUGGCGAGUGGGAAGCUCUGGUUGUCAACUCGAGAGGUUGUGCGGGCAGUAAGAUCACGACGAGUAUUCUUUAUAAUGCUCGUGCGACAUGGGACGUGAGGCAAGUUGUCAAAUGGGCAAGAAAGACUUGGCCGAAGCGACCGAUUUUUGGAAUUGGGUAUUCGCUCGGCGCUAACAUACUCACGAAUUAUAUUGGCGAGGAAGGAUCAGAUUGCCUCUUGAGCUCAGCCGUGAUCGUCAGCAAUCCAUGGAAACUGGAAAUCAGCAAUACAAUGCUCCAGCGAACAUGGAUUGGGUUGAAUAUUUACAGCAAAGCCAUGGGUCGCAACAUGCUCAAACUCUUCGACACUCAUGCCGAGCAGCUCACGAAAAACAAGGCCAUCAAGUCUGACGAGAUUCACAAGCUCAAGUAUCUCCAUGAGUUCGAUCGAGCAGUCCAAUGCGCAAGCUGGGGCUAUCCGACUGAGGGUGCAUAUUAUCGAGAUGCCAGUAGUGCUGAUAGCGUGCUGGCGAUGCGCAUUCCAGUUUUGGCAAUCCAUGCAACGGACGAUCCGAUUGCAAACGAUGCGGCUGUGCCAUACGAGGAGAUCCGACAGAAUCCAUAUGUAGUAAUGUGCGCAACCAACGGAGGUGGGCACCUGAGUUGGUUUGAGCUGGGCGGUGGAAGAUGGCAUAUGAAGCCUGCCUUUGGCUUCCUCAACGCCAUGAGGGAGGUCGAUUUCAGCAAGACUGAGGCACCUGAACUUUGGGACCAGAAAGGUCCGCAUGGUGGCCAUCAGACGCCUUUCACCUUCUCACCCAUGCGAAGAAAGUCGCAUCUCCCCGGCGGCGCGCAGUAG